AUAUCAGUGUAUCACAUAGAUACAGUUAUAUAUAUAAAGGAUGGACCUCUAAGAAGAAGAUAAUUGAUUGAGCAAUGGAGAGGAAGGUGGGCAUAAUUGGAGCUGGUGUUAGUGGUCUUCUAGCCUGCAAAUACACCGUGUCAAAGGGUUUCGUUCCAAUGGUGUUUGAAUCACAAAGCAGCAUUGGCGGAGUGUGGAGGAAAACUCUGGAGGCCACUAAGCUCCAGACUCCCAAACCUCUCUUCCAGUUCUCGGAUUUUUCAUGGCCAACCUCCGUCACCGAACAAGUUCCUAACCAACAUCAAAUCUUCGACUAUCUUCAAUCAUACGCUCAUCAUUUUGAUUUGCUCCGCCACAUCAGCUUCAAUUGCAAAGUGGUCGGCAUCAGUUAUGAAGGCCCAUCAGAUGAAGAAGAAGAAGAAGACGACAUGCAAGCAUGGAGUCUGUGGGGUGGCACAGGUGAGCCCUUCAGCUCCAAAGGUAAAUAUUGGAGCCUUACAGUAGAGGACACCCUCACCCUUCAAACUAAGGUUUACCAAGUCGACUUUGUGAUCCUUUGUGUGGGAAGGUUCAGUGAUGUUCCAAACAUUCCAGAAUUUCCUCCAAAUAAGGGCCCCGAAGCAUUUCAUGGCAAGGUGCUACACUCCAUGGACUACGCUGCCAUGGAUGACACAAGUGCUGUUGAGCUUGUCAAAGGGAAGCGCGUUGUAGUCGUCGGCUUCGAGAAAUCAGCCGUGGACAUUGCAGCGCAGUGCUCAACAGCAAAUGGGGUGGAACAUCCAUGCACAGUUUUAUACAGGACCGAACACUGGCACAUGCCCGAUUUUCUUGCAUGGGGAGUUCCCCUACCAUACCUUUAUUUCAAUCGCUUUGCAGAACUUCUGGUUCAUAAGCCUGGUGAAGGGUUUCUACUUAGUCUCCUGGCAACAAUUCUUUCACCUCUGAGAUGGGGAUUUUCAAAGUUUGUUGAAAGUCACAUAAAAAGAAAGCUCAGGCUUGAGAAGUUUGGCAUGGUGCCAAAACACGGUUUCUUAAAAGACUUCAGUUCUUGGACACUCGCAAUCUUGCCCGAGGACUUCUAUGAUAAAGUUGAAAAAGGAAGCAUCGAACUGAAGAAAGCUAUGAGUAGUUUUAGCUUUUACAGAGAAGGAAUUUUAAUAAAUGGUGAAACUGAACCUCUAGAGACAGAUAUUGUCAUAUUGGCCACUGGAUUUAGGGGUGAAACAAAACUCAAAGAUAUCUUUGUGUCAUCAACCUAUCAGGACAUCAUAGCUGGGCAUACUGAUAUGCCUGUACCACUCUACAGGGAAUGCAUUCACCCUCGAAUUCCACAACUAGCGAUAAUUGGAUUCUCAGAGAGUUAUUCGAACUUGUCCAUCUCGGAGAUUAGGUGUCGAUGGGUAACCGAGCUUCUGGAUGGUACAUUCAAUGUACCCGGGAUUGAAGAGAUGGAGAAAGAUGUAAAAAAUUGGGGUGCAUACUUCAAACAGUCCUCUGGCCAGAACUAUCGAAGAUCUUGCAUUGGUGCCCUUCAAACAUGGUACAAUGAUCAACUGUGCAAGGACAUGGGAUGGAAGCCUAAGAGGAAGAAGGGAUUUGUAGCUGAAUUAUUUGAGCCUUAUGGCCCCAUGGAUUAUGCUCAACCAUAAGUCCACUGUGGUGAAUUAGUAUUAAUUUUCACUAUUUUGAUAUUUUUCUUGUGCAUUGCAUUUAUGAAUGAUGAAGUUUCCUCCCAAGUGUAUCUGCUACAUUUGUAUGAUAAUUAAAUGCAACAAAACUCUAAAGAUUGUUGGUAGGAUGGAAAUGAAAUGCCAAAAAGGCCCCCGUGUUGGGCCAUUAAUAGGGAUUUAAUCCUCUCAUCAUAAA